AUGAACGUUUUUAAAGAUUUAGGAUACCUUAAUACAUGCUUAUUAUCCCCUGAGGUUCAAGAGUUUGAACCCAUUGCAGAGGAUAUUUUGACAGACGAAGACCUGCUAGACCUCUUCCGCAUCAUUAAACAAGUCUUGCGAAAGACGCCAACACCAGAGAAGCUUGCCAGGCUAUUCUAUUGCCUAUGUUACGCACUAAGUGAUCAUAUCAAGUUUAUUAAACCAGCCCAUGAAGACCGAAUUAUCUUUUGCGACGAGGUUUCUGAUGUAUACUGCGUGAGACUACCUGCAAGUGUCUCUUGUUGCCAAGACGAGAGCAACCUUCAGCGAUGGUUGGACUCUUCAUCAUCUGUAGCCUCAUCAUCGUCCCCAAGCUACAACAUGCUCCUUCAAGCAACAUACCGCCCGUCCUUCCGUCCAGCGUAUACAACACUGCCCCAUAACUUUGGUACACCCUUUUCAUCACACUCUACCUUGUCUGCGACUGAUUUCGUAGCUUGUGGUCAUCAGACUGAUAUUAUUGUGGAACCUCAGCAACGCGGAUUUUAUUACCAAGGAGAUCGUAUCAACCGCGAACCAGCUCUACUUCAACGAUAUGCCGAACAGGGCAUUCUCACACAGGCAUCCCUUUUGCGCAAGCGUAAGCGACAUUCGACAGAUUCAAUACAGGAAAACGCACCCAUAAAGAAACCCAAAAUCCCACACAGACAUGGUGAUUUUGAAUCAAGACGCGAUGAUAUUAUUAAUCGUCUACGGAUGAUUUCGUUUAAAGACCUUGAACAAAAAGCAAGCAGAAUGCCGCAACCAUUUACGUUUGCGAUUGAACAAACAUAUAUUGCACCUGUCGAUCCAUUUAUAACAGAUGAACAACGAAAGAAGCUGCUACAGCCCGCGCUUCGUAUACUUACCGACCACUCAAACAAGAAGCCACACCUAGAUAAUGGAAUGAAUCAAAAUGGCAUUUAUUACAAUAUAGACUAUUUUCAGUUAUACCUUGCUUUUGAGCAGUUUCAACGUAUUUUUGCUAUUCUCUUUCCCAAAGAAGUCAUUCCUAUAUCCAAGGACAACAAAGACCAUGAUCGAAAUGCCAACAUGAAGGCGUAUCGACCAUGGAUUGAGCCGCUGCUGACGGAUUCUAAUUGGGCAGCGUUCAGAAGGAACAUUGUCGUAGGCGAACGUAUGAUGCAGUUGGCAAAAUCAGUCGGACAAGGUGUCCUUUUGAUCACAAAGGAGCUCAGUGGCUCUAAACUGCACUUGACUUUUACAAAUAGCGAAUGGGACGAGUUCAUCAAUGGACUGAACAGUGGAAGAUGGGAUGCUACCAUCGAUUGGUCCAAAGUGCCGAAUGUGGACCAACUUCAACGACAGCAACAGCAGGACUGCUGCUCUUCCUUACUUGUAACUGAGUUACAAGAAAAAUUUGCUACCCCUUAUUGGUUCGAACCUGAUGGCACGCUUGUUUCGACAAAUCACCGAAAACAUGUUACUGUAGCAACCCAGCAGCAACGAGUGAACCUCUCUUCUUUUUAG